AUGGCACUGUGGAAACACAACUUUCGAGGCCAGAAACUCGUUCUGGCAAUCACUCUGGCAUCAUGCCAAGCCUUCCUUUUGCUUGGAUUUGACCAAGGGGUUAUGGCUGGGCUAAUCGGAGUUGAUAAUCGGUUUGGAAGAGACUUCAAUAACCCCGAUGCUGAUAUGCAGGGCAAUAUCACGGCCUUGUAUGACAUUGGCUGUGUGGUUGGGUCCAUCCUAUGCUACUUUAUCGGCGAGAGAUUUGGUCGCAGAACCAUGUUGAUCACCGGUGGUAGCAUCAUGAUUGUCGGCACUGCAAUCUUAGCUUCUUCUUACACAGUCGCACAGCUCAUUGUCGGUCGCAUCGUCACUGGUAUUGGGAACGGAAUGAACUCUUCGACCGCUCCUGUUUACCAGAGCGAAUGUUCACCGGCUGCCAUUCGAGGUGCGCUAUUGACCCUCCAGGGGUCAGUGACCAUUCUUGGUGUGGUCAUUUCCUACUGGAUGGACUAUGGAACUAGCUUCACCGAAUCCUCUCUUCAAUGGAGAUUUCCUCUAGCCUUCCAAGCAGUGUUUGCCAUAUUUCUCGUCUUGCAAGUCAUUGGUCUCCCUGAAACGCCCCGUUGGCUCGUCCAACAUGAACAAUACGAAGAGGCUCGCCGCACCAUAGCUGCGAUCGCUGAUAAGCCCGAUGACGAUGCAGAUGUCAACCGUACCUUGCUCGAUAUCCGCAGUGGUCUUGAAGAAGAGCAAAAGGACGGCCCAUUUAGCAUUAAAGAGCUCUUUUCUUGGGGCGAAGUCCAGAACUUCCGACGACUGCUCAUUACCAUCUCGAUUCAGCUCGGACAGCAGUUCUCGGGCAGCAACAUGAUCAACUAUUACGCACCUGUCAUCUUCCAAGACAGCAUGGGCCUCAGUCGCAACAUCUCGUUGAUUGUCGCUGGAUGUGCGCAAAUCACCUAUCUCAUCGGCAGCUGCAUCCCCGUCUUCCUGAUGGAUCGGUACGGUCGACGGACGCUCCUCAUGGUUUGUUCAGCCGGGCUGUGUUUCUGUUUCGUCAUGGUUACGAUCCUGCUCUCCCUUGGUUCGACGGGUCCUGCAUAUGGUGCCACAGCCUUCAUCUUUCUCUUCCAGAUCUUUUAUGGGAUCGGAUGGCUCCCUGUGCCUUGGUUUUAUCCUACCGAGAUCAACACUACUCGGGUUAGAGCUCGGAUGCAAGCUGUAGCUUCGGGCUGGAACUGGAUGGCAGUUUUUGCUGUUGUCAAGAUCACACCGAUCGCGUUUGCAAACAUUGGGUGGAAAACGUUCAUAAUCUUUGCAGUCCUCAAUGCUUGCUUCCUUCCAAUGGUGUACUGUUUCUACCCUGAGACGAAGGGCAUUGAACUGGAAGACAUCCCGCUGCUGUUUGUUAAGGGUGGCGUCACGGGAGGUGUUUUGUCUUCCAAGGGCGGACGUACUGUCAUGCCGCAUCAGCAUGCACAGGAAAUGCAGCUUGACGCCAAGGUUGGUGGGGUUCGCGAAGAGGUUGAGGAUGUACAGGCGUAG